GUUUUCCAGUCUGAAGAAAACGACGACCGCCCGUCAGUGUCAUUUAAAAAGUGGUGCAAAUAAGUGAUGAGCUUAUCUUCCCGAGGAUACAGCAGUUCAAGAAUUAAACGUAAAGAAAAUUAUAAACCAGUACGUUCGAAAAUGCCGUCAAUAAGCUUUAACAUGCGUGAGCCAAGUAUUAGUAGUAGUAGCAAUCGUGCUAGCAAACGUACGAUUUCUUCGUCCUCUUCGUCCUCCUCCUCUUCGGCCGGCUUCGACUCCUACUGUGUUUCUUUGGCUGUAGGACCGCUGUGGUGGUCCGAUGUCCCAACACUCAGAACCGACCAUGAUAGGGCGUCCGCCUUAAAAGAAUACAAUCGCAAAACAUCAAUUGAUUCGACCACCACCGCUUCGUCUGAAUACAUAGAUCUAGAUUCCACCGAGUCAACCGUGGACUUCAUGAACCAACAUGAAGCAGCCGUUAUUCAAGAAGUUCUAAACCAGCCAGCUCCGACGCAUAUCACGUUGAAACUAUAUGUCACAGAGCAAAAGUACAGCACCUGGGAAACGAUCUUCAGUCCGAUGGAUAACAUGCUAUACGUGAACCUACCGUCAGCCAUGUCCCACGAGGCAUCAAAGCAUUCGUUCAUGUCAUUGUUGGAAUUUGCUGAAGAAAAACUAGAAUGCGACGGUGUCGUCUUGUGCAUCCGCAAGGACCGACUCGAUCGCCCGAAUCUGGUACGCACAUUUUCCUUCGUAGGAUUCCAGCUGGUUAGCCCGAAGACACCGUUGACUCCACCGCAUAUUGAGAUUGAGCAGAAAAAUGAAUAUCUCUUCAUGAUUUACAGCAUCGAGGAGUAGAAUACCAUCAACAUAACAGUUAUUCAGGCGAAGAUGCGUGGGUGUGUUUUGAUUAAAAUUAAAUCUUCGAUAACUUCAGUCAAACGACCAGCUUCUCGAAAAAUUUCAUCCCGCUUGCCGAGAAGAUUCAUCCUAACGACGAUCGGAUGGCUGGAUUAUUUAAAAGUAAGGAGGCAUUGUACGACCGAGCUUCGAUAGGUGGCAGAUCGUUGCAUUCCAAAUCGGCCUGCACAAUGGUUCCGUUUUAAUCAAAACACAUUUUUCUACGACUAAUUGAAACAAUAAUCGUAUCGACAGCAACAUCCUAUAAAGUUAAAAAGAAAACAUCUCUUUUCGAAAAGAUUACAAUACCAACAUUACACUAACAGUAUAAACUAUCGUAUAAGACAAAACUAAUAAUCCCAUUAUUCAAGGUCGAUCACUUGCGAGUUGUAGUUGUUUUAAAGUGGAAUGCUUCUAUCAUUAAAAAACAAAAAAAAAAGCUGAAAAAAAUUAUAAAACAAAAAAUCUUUUUCUAAAAUAAUGUUUUUACAAAAAAAGACCCAAAAAAAUGUAUGAACUUAUUAAAUAUUUGUAGUAGGAACCAAUGCAAAGAAAAAGAGCUAAGAACAUAAUCCCAAAAUUUAUAUUCUAUUGAUUUUAUUAGUUAACGGUGGUAAUUAAAAACAAGAGUUUCAAAAUAAAGAAGAUAUCCUAAACAAGCGACUAAUUCCUUCGCCAUCGUGUGACUUUUCGAUUUUCUAUAAAUCACGACGGCAAUAUCUACUUCCAUAAGAAGAUACCAACAGAAUGCGUCAAGCGUGCAGGGCAAGACUUGAUUGACUAACGGUGCGAAGGAAAAGUUUCAGCACAGGUGCAGGUAUCGUAUUUAGAAGAGUAAACCAGCGAAUGCACAUUUCUGCAUAUAAUAUUGCUUAUUGUACUUAUUUUUAACACCCACCAGUAAGGUGGGACCCAUGGUAUUGUAAUUCAAAGCAACCGUUUAGUUUCGCGUUCUUCAAGAAUGCAACAUGUGCGUGCACAUACAAAUUGAAACAAUGGAAAAGAGAAAACUAUUCAGCAUAACUUUUUUAACUUUAUACGGAAGGUAAACAAAUGAAAUAUUUUUAAACAAUAAUCGGGAUGGUAUAUUUUAUUUUUAUCUUAUAGUUUUAUAUAUGUAUUCUUGGUUACGAGUAUCGUACAAUGCAGAAAUUUAUUAUUUUACUACGCAGUUACAUCAACUCUUUGUACUUCAGCGGAAUCGAAACGGAAUUUGUCCAGGUUUCAACGAAAGUCAAAGAAAAUUUACUAACAUAGUAAGCAGUAGAUUUACUAUAAAUGUGCAUACCUUUACGUAUCCUUUAUUAUUAACAUUUAUCAGUGUUUAUCCAGAUCGCUAGAACGAAUUGAAGAAGAAUAAAGAACACAAUAAUUUUUGUUUCCGGCAUGGGA